AUGGGAUCACGAAACACCGCAGAUGACCAAAUAUCUGUCUUGAAAACGCCGCUUGAGAAACGAAUAAGCCAUGAUGAAGGCCUUCCAAGCCGCGAAGCUUUGAUAGAGGCUCUAAAAACACAGAAGCCAUCUCCAUGGUCACCGAACUUGAGGAAACUAUACGUAUUUUGUGUCAUCGCAUUCCUCUGCUCUUCUAUGAAUGGUUAUGACGGCUCUAUAUUCGGCUCCCUUCCAGCCCUGGAUUCUUUCAGAGAUCAAUUUGAUGUCGAGAAGAAUGGCUCCAAGAUUGGUUACAUUUCAGCCAUGUAUACAGUUGGUGCAAUCUGCUCAUUACCAUUCAGCGGACCCGCAUCUGACCUUCGUGGACGUAAAUGGGGUACGUUUGUUGGUUGUGCGAUUGUGGUCGCUUGCACUUUUGUGUCCGCGCUUGCAGGCGGUGUUCCCCAAUUUGUGGCUGGUAGAUUCUUUCUUGGAUUCGGAGUGAACAUAAUUCGAUCGACCAGCUCCAUAUGGUGUGCCGAAGUCUGUCCACCUGCCUAUCGAGGUAUCAUUAUGGCAUUUUAUAAUUGCACAUAUGCUGUUGGAUCCCUUGUUGCAGCAGGGGUCACCAGAGGAUCAGCUGGUUAUGCUGGAAAUAAGGCUUGGCAGAUUCCGCUGUGGUGUCAAAUGAUCUGCCCAGGAAUGGUCUUACUUACUGUUUUGUUCUUCCCCGAGUCUCCUCGAUGGCAAUUUUCCCAUGGACAGGAGGACAAGGCGCUAGAAUUUCUUACAUACUACCAUGGCGAAGGAAACCCAGAUCACCCACUGGUUCAACUACAGCUCCAGGAGUACAGGGAAUUUAUCUCACUAUCCGGAUCAGACAAGCGCUGGUGGGACUUUAGUGAUUUUUACAAGUCGAAAGCGGGAAGAUGGCGCUUCAUCAAUGCUCUUGUCACUGGCAUUUGGGGGCAAUGCUCAGGCAAUGCCGUUGUGACCUAUUAUCUGCCAGCCAUGCUUCUCACAGCUGGCAUCACCAACUCUGAGCAAGUUUUAAACGUCAAUCUCGGCUAUACGGUUGUCUCGACUGUUGCCUCAUAUUUGGGUGCAAGCCAGAUCGAGAGAAUGGGGAGGCGGCCAACUAUCAUAUGGACAGCUGUUGCUUGUUCAAUUUGCUUCGCCUGUAUUACAAUCGGUACUGGUAUUUAUGAUCAUACAAAGGCGCCAUCCGCUGCGUCUGCUGGUAUCGCUUUUAUUUUCUUGUUCGGAUUUGUUUACAACUUUGGAAUGACGCCACUUCAAGCGUUAUAUCCAAUCGAGGCCCUGUCGUAUGAGACCCGUGGGAAAGGCGUUGGUUUAACAUUCUCGAUUGCCCAUGGAUUCACGCUCCUCAAUCAGUUUUGUUUUCCAAUUGCUCUCCAAAGGAUUGGCUGGUACACUUACAUCGUGUUCAUUGGUUGGGAUCUAUUUGAAGCGGCUGUCAGCUACGUGGUUUCGGUUGAAACAAAAGGGCAUACUUUGGAGGAAAUGACCGAGAUAUUUGAGAGCCCAAAUCCUGUCAAAGCCUCUCUCCAGAGGCCACUUGCUUGA